UGUCACAGUUUUCUGUGGCAAAUCCAACCUCUAAAAUCAGAGCCGAAAUUCGGGUGGCUCACCUUACCUUACUAAAAAUAACGCCAAUUUCAACCGUAUUGCCUUUGGGGUUAUCAUCUCUUUCCCAUUACUCUCAUCUUAUCUUUCUUUUCUUUUCCCCUUUCUAGCAUUUGUCUUUUUAGUGUAAGAAAUAUAGUAAAUUAGGAAUGUUGAAUUUUUUUAUAUACAUAGUUAUUCAAUGGGGUUCUUUUCUUUUUUAAUUUCUUGACUUGGUUUAGCAUCCAUUCUCUAGACUACAAGUUCACUAAGAAUUGAUCAGAUAAGAUUGGCAGUUGGUUUAGUUGCUUUUUCCAGUUUCAGAAUCAUUAAAAACAAAGCAAGUCAAAAACAAUAAAUUAUUAGGUGAACUUCAUGUGAGAAUGCUUUUAAGUCCUUUACUCAAAAAAGGAAUCACGUGCAUCUUUGUUUAUACUUGACUUUGUUAUCAAUCCAAGUUAAUUUUCUUCUUCAAUCUCUACCAAUUCUAGUUUAACUGAUAAAAAUAUGUUCUGCUUUUUUGUUUUCCCCCCUUGGGGUAUUUUUUGAAAUGAUAAAAGGUAAGAGAGUUUUGAGCAAGAAGUAUUUCUUCUUCAAUCUCAAAUUGAUUCUCAAUUCUAGUUUUCCCCCCUUGGGGUAUUUUUUGAAAUGAUAAAGGUAAGAGAGUUUUGAGCAAGAAGUGAAGAAAAAUGAAGAAAAGUUGAAGGAUACUUGAGAUUGCAGGCACAAACAUAUGGGAGAGUUUAUUUUACUUUGUCAUUAAUGUUGGAAAUCAAUUUGAGUUUAUUUUAAUAUUUUUUUCUGUUCACCAGCUCACUGGCACAGACUUCUAUAAUCUCAUUUAGGCAAAUACAGAUUAGUACUUAAGGUUCCUGAAGAAAUGCUUCAAAGAAGCUCAUCCACCCCAGUUUUUGGAUCCCUUAUCUUCCCUUUUACCGAUAGUCCAAAUAAAGAUCUUGAUGCUACUUACAGGUUACUUCAGGGCAACCAUGGUGGAAAACUCGACUCCCAUUGUCAAGAAAGCCUCAACUUGACAUCUUUUUCACAUAAUUCAUCUUCUGAGUCUCAUUCAGCUUCAGGGUUGUUUGAAUUCAAUCCAGAAUCGGGUGGUUUUCGCCUUAAAGGCUUUCGAAGAGCCAAGUCUGAAGGUAGCAUAGAAAGAUUAGAUUAUAGAUCUUGUGAUAUAGCUCAGUUUCUAGAUCCCAGAACACCAAAGAGAUCUUUUCAUAGGCAUCAUAUAACAAUGUUGCAUAGUGCACCAUCUUUUUCGAUAUUCAAUGAAGGGGUUGAAGAUGGAAAACUAGGGGAGGAGUCAUUGGAGAGAACAGUUACAAUUGGUGAGAACAUUGAUGCUGUAGGGAAUCCAGAUUUCAGCUUCCGGAAGAAGUGUAUGGAGUUAAUUCAGGAAGAAGAAGGAGAUGAGGAAAAAAAAAGAUUGAACCGAAUUCGAGUUUCUCAUAAUGAUGAAGAAGAAGUUGAACUUGAGCCACCUAGUCCUCCCAUGUAUCUUGCUACUGGUCUUGGAAUUGAUUGUGCUGGCUUUGGUGCCAUGGCUGAUGGUGUUGAUUUAAGUUACAUGGAUCUUGAUGAGGUUGAUGAUCAAGAAGAGUUUCAUAAGAGGCUGGUUGACGAGUACCCUUGUCAUCCUCUGUUCCUAAGGAAUUAUGCUAAAUUUUUACAGCAGUCUAAGGGAGAUCUUCAAGGAGCAGAGGACUAUUACCAUCGUGCAACAUUAGCAGAUCCUGAAGACUGUGAGAUUCUCUUGCAGUAUGCCAAAAUAUUAUGGGAUCUUCACCAUGACAAAGAUAGAGCCCUUAGUUACUUUGAGCGUGCCGUUCAAGCUUCUCCUCAAGAUAGCAAUGUCCUUGGAGCAUAUGCUAGUUUCCUCUGGGAAAUAGGGGAUGAUGCAGAAGAAUAUGGAGAACAAGAAUACCAGGGGGUUAAAGAGGAGGAAAAUAUGAAGGUAGCCAAGAACUCACUACACGAAGAAGAAACUAAGCUAGCUAGGCUAUCCAUCCACCUUCCAAAUCCAGCAGGUUUGGGGGUUCAUACCGAUAUCCAGGACAUUGAUAUUGAGGAUUAUCAUACGAGGAUGGUUCAGGAAAAUCCUGGCAACCCUUCGGUUUUAAGCAAUUAUGCUCGUUUCUUACAUCAGUCUAAAGGAGAUGUUGAAGGAGCCAAGGAAUACUAUUUGCAAGCCAUACAAGGUGACCCUAGGAAUGGUGAACCCAUGUCACAGUAUGCUAAAUUGAUCUGGGAUUCUCACCGUGACCAUGAUAAAGCUUCACAUUACUUUGAGCUAGCAGUUGAAGCUAAUCCUGAAAAUAGCAAUAUUCUUGCAGCAUAUGCUAGCUUCCUUUGGGAAACAGAAGAUGAAGACAAUAACACAAGGCAAGAUCAAACUCAGGUUUCUCUUCAGAACAGAGCUUUGUCCGCAACAAACUCAUAAGUCAUUCAUUCUGAAACCUUUAGGUACCAGAUCACUAGUUCAGUUUCCAAUGUUUGAGUCAUCUAUCAGACAACAGAGAAUAAAGCAUAUAUCUUUAUGUUUUUUUCUAACAUACUUUCAUUAUUAUAGUAAUAGCAACCUUAGGAUACUUUUUA